AUGGGUUCAAUCAGAAAUUUAAAUCGUCGUCAUCGACAACAACAUGAAAAUUUUCAAUUGUUUUACAUCAAUAGUUUGCCAGAUACUCAGAAUCAUGAGUUUGGUGUGCCAGAUACGGAAAGUGAAGACUCAACAGAAAUAAUUAAUUUUUUUCCUUCGGAUUCAAGUGAAACCAGUUCAAUGAAUUUAGAAGAUGAUACUGAGAAAAUAGUUCCAACAAUAAGUGAAUACUGUGAAACGCUUUUUGAAACUCUUAUUUCUCACAUUGGUUUGAAUCUUUCUCAAGCAGACAACGUGUUUCAGCUUUUCAAGGAUUUGAGUAAAAGAUAUUUUUCUUCGAAUAAUCAUCUCCCGAGCUUGAGGUAUUAUUGGGAUAAAAAAGCCCUGGAAACCAAUAUAAAUAUCUAUAUUUUAUGUGAAAAAGAUCAUUCUCAUGGUCCUUUAAUCGGGGAACCUUCUAAUUUGCAAUCGUAUGAAUGUGAACAAGAACUUAUUCAAGCUGUGCUGAAACCUGGAAAAUUUUUUCUACAUCUGCCUCUUCGUCAACAAAUAGAAAAGUAUAUCCAUAAUUUACCAGAUUACUUCUGGAUAGAAGAUGAUCAACGGUUCGAUGUUUCAAACUGUGCUGAAGCCAAGCGUGUUAAGGAAAUGGGAAAUCUUUCACAAGAUAAACGAUAUACACUGACUUUACAUGCAGACGAAGUGGCCACUGGAAAAAGUUCAAGUGAAAAAAUAUUUCCAAUUUUCAUAACAAUCAACGAAAUCAAACCGGAAUUUAGGAAAAAGUUCUUUUUUUUGGUUGGAAUAUUUGUCGGCAGAAAAAAACCAGCAGUUGAAUGUUAUCUAGGUCCUGUUUGUGAUGAAUUACUAGAGUUAUCAACAUUUCCUACAAGAAUAAGUUCUAAUUCUAGAGCAACGUUUCAUUUGGUUGGGUUAAUUGCAGAUGCUCCCAUGCGUGCUUAUCUCCGAUGUGUCAGGCAAUAUAAUCAUCUAAAUGGCUGUGACUGGUGCUUAGUCACAGCCUCGUCUGUUGGUGGAGCAAGAGUCUAUCCGAAUCUAACCAGCGAGGAUCAAUUGAAUUUGAUGAGAAAAAAAGAUGAUUUUCUUACAUUCAGUCGAAUCAUUGAACAAGAUCCAGAUUCAGAAGUUCUUCAGAAUCCCCGUUUUCGUGGUUUAAAUGGAAUCUCUCCACUUCUACGUCUAGUUGAUUUUGAUAUUGUUCGAGGAAUAUGUGUGGAGCCAAUGCACUGCAUAAGCUUGGGAAUAUUUCGCAAUCUUAUAAGCAAAGGUCUAGUUGGAGCAGAUUCCUUGAGACAUUUAGAACGAGGAUUUGAUAGAAACUCUAUGAGAAAUUAA